GCAUCGCGAAUCUGCUCCAAUUCCCUCCCCUGCUCGGAGAUCUUGCCCUUUUUCUCUUCUGCUUUGCUGGGAUUUGAGCUCUUCCUCGCGCUUUCCCUUGCCUUUAUUGGGAUGGAAACCUACGCAUCGUGAACUCCUUUCUUUAGUGCCAGUAGAGCGACGCUUUCGCCGGAGCUCCGGUGGGUUCUUGGGGGGUAUUUCAGCUCCAGAUGCGUGGCUGAGUUGAAUCGAGUAAGGAUAGGAGGGAUCAGCAGACUGUUCAAGAAGCUUGUGGAGCUGGUGUGCAGUUCCCGCUUGUUUGGCUCGGCGCACUGGUGGUUGGAGGCUUGGGAGGAGUAGAGUGUGGUCUCGCCAUGGAGCAGCAGAAGGGAGGAGCGGUUUCUGCGCCGGCGGCCGCCGCCGCUGCCGCUAACGGGACCGGGGAGCUGAUCGGGUACGUCGACGUGCACGUGCGGAGCGCGCGGGACAUCCAGAACAUCUGCAUCUACCACAAGCAGGACGUGUACGCGCGGGUCUCGCUGCCGGGGGACGGCGCGCCGGUGGCAUCCACGCAGGUGGUCAACGGCGGCGGCCGCAACCCGGUGUUCGACCAGUCGCUGCGCCUCGGCGUGCGCGCGGGGGACGUCGACGCCGCGCUCCGCUGCGAGGUCUGGAUGCUCAGCCGGGUCAAGAACUACCUGCAGGACCAGCUGCUGGGGUUCGCGCUCGUGCCGCUCCCGGAGGUCGUCGCCGCCGACGGGGGCACGCUCGCCCGCGAGUUCCCGCUCACCACCAGCGACCUCUUCCAGACGCCCUCGGGGUUCCUGCAGCUCGAGCUGUCCUACAUCGGGGUCGUGCCGGAGGUCGUGCCCAUCUCGCCGACGCCCAAGCCGGCGCUGGCCGACCCGGAGGAGGAGCCGGAGACUAACGCCGGCGCCGGAGCGGGGAGCGGGAAGGAGUACGAGAAGAUCGAGUUCCCCGACCUGAAUCUCGUGGAGGAGAACCAGAUCAUGGUGUCCGAGUACACCGGGCUGCCGUGCGCGGCCGUGGAGGCGCAGAGCUCGGAGAGCCUGCUGACCUCGGAGCACGAGGACGGCGCCACGACCCUGAGCCACGAAGCCGGCGUGCGCCUCGUGGAGAGCUUCUCGACGGACCACAGCACCGCGGACUCGGUGGGCGGCUUCCGGAGCGACACGCCGGUCAGCAGCGUGUCCACCACGGAGUCCCCCGCCUCCGCGGCGGUCCCGGCCACCCCGCAGUCCAAUUCCAGCUCGGAGCCGUCCGGGAACGCCCACUCGUCGGCCGGGCACAAGGAGAAGGCGGCGCCCGAGGCCGCCGACGCGGAGGUCGACUCGUCCCGCACCGUCCAGGAGAGCCCCGCGGCGAACUCGCCCGGCGCCGCGUCGGAGGCCGCGGUGGACAAGCCGGUGAUCAGCGUCAACAUCGAGCAGGAGGUGAAGGUGGACGGGAACCGGAUCAUGGACAUGUACAUGAAGAGCAUGCAGCAGUUCACGGACUCCCUGGCCAAGAUGAAGCUCCCGGCCUUGGACCUGGACAACUGCAGCAGCGAGAAGAGCAGCCUCGCCGCCGCCGCCUCCGAUGCAGACUCCAGCGGCGCCGACUCGAGCGCUGUCAAGAAGCCGACGGCCGGCGGGCAGCAGGAGAAGCCGUCCCCCAAGGUGUUCUACGGCAGCCGGGCGUUCUUCUGAUCUCCAUCGGAUCACCACAAGCACCGGCCAGUGGCCACAACCAACAGCGAAGCAAACUAGCAAAGAGACGGCAUUUGCAGUGGUCUCAGCUGAAAAUCUUACUAGCGCAGAGGAAUAACACCACCUUCUCAUGCUCUUGUUCUAGGUUUGUCAGAUCGGGAAUUAGUUGCUCUGCCUUAAUGUAUCAGUCAGUACUUGAUGAAAAAAUGGUUUGGUUUCUCUGUUUUUAGCA